AUGCUCUUUGCCCUGCACGUGACUGUCAUGUCGUCAGCGUUUUUCAAUCCCAGUUUUGCCUUCAGCUCCCACUUGGGCGCAGACGGAGCGCCGCUGAGCGAGCUGUCGUGGCCGUCGUCUCUGGCCGUGGUGGUGGUCUCCUUCUCGGGCCUGUUCGCCUUCGUGCUCCUCAUGCUGGCCUGCCUGUGCUGCAAGAAGGGCGACGUCGGCUUCAAGGAGUUUGACAACGCCGAGGGCGAAGAGUACCAGGCGGACUUCUGGCCUUCGUCCCACAAUGGGCCCGAGGUGUACAUCUUGCCCCUCACCGAGGUCUCGCUGCCCGUCUCCAAGCAGCCCGGCAGAUCCAUCCAGCUUCUAAAAUCAUCAGAACUGGGCCGUCAUAGUUUACUCUAUCUCAAGGAGAUUGGCCACGGCUGGUUUGGCAAGGUGUUGCUGGGUGAGGUCAACGUGGGUCUCAGCACCACCCAAGUGGUGGUGAAGGAGCUGAAGGCCAGCGCGAGUGUUCAGGACCAGAUCCACUUCCUGGAAGAGGUCCAGCCCUAUCGGACCCUGGAGCACCCCGCCCUCCUGCAAUGCUUGGCCCAGUGCUCCGAGGUGACCCCUUAUCUGCUGGUCAUGGAGUUUUGCCCUCUGGGUGACCUGAAAAGCUAUCUCCGCGGCUGCCGACUGUCGGACUCCGACCCCCCCGGCCCCCUCAUCCUCCAGCGAAUGGCGUGCGAUGUCGCUUCAGGACUUUUGCACCUCCACAAGAAUAACUUCAUACACAGUGACCUCGCCCUGCGGAACUGCCUGCUCACGUCGGAAAUGUCGGUCAAAAUCGGCGACUACGGCUUUUCUCACAGUCUGUUUAAGGAAGACUACUAUUUCACACAAGACCAGAUUUGGGUGCCCCUACGCUGGAUCGCACCCGAGCUCAUCGACGAAGUCCAUGGAAACCUGCUGGUUGUCGACCAGACCAGAGCAAGCAACAUAUGGUCCUUGGGCGUGACUGUGUGGGAGCUGUUUGAGCUCGGAGAGCAGCCAUACAGACAGCACACUGACAGACAGGUGCUGACGUACGCCGUCCGAGAACAGCAGCUCAAACUGCCAAAACCGCAGCUCCAGUUCCCCAUCGCUGAGCGCUGGUAUGAGGUCAUGCAGUUCUGCUGGUUGCAGCCAGAGCUGAGACCGAGCAGUGAAGAAGUUCACCUCCUGCUCACAUACUUGUGCGCCAAAGGCUCCAGCGAGGCCGAAGAGGAUUUCGAAGAACGUUGGAAUGCCUUGAAACCGAAUUUGCUCAGCAGUCCCUCACGAUCGGCUGCCCCCGGACCCCUCGUCCUCACCCCGCCACUGGCCGAGGCCAACGGAUCGGCGCGAAUCCAGGCAGGGGAGCCGGCCUCGUCUGCCACAUCGUCCUUCCCCCUGCUGGAGCGCUUCUCAGACAGGUUUCACUCAGACACGGGAGACGACUUGCUGACCGUCACCGAGACCAGCCACGGUCUCAACUUUGAGUACAAGUGGGAGCAGGUUCGAGCUGAGCAGCCCUACCGCUCAUUGUCCACCAGCGGACCUCUGGGGCAAGUGAACCCACACUAUCAAGAUAUGUACUAUUCAAGCAACGCAAGCGCCUCGGGUGCUCGUAGGAAUGAGACAUCCCCGUCCCCCUAUGAGCCUGAGCAUCCAGGUGUAGUCCCCGUAUUGAGCGCCCACAGCCCGUCGGUCAGUAGCGAGUAUUAUAUCCGUAUAGAAGACACAUCUGAGUGUCACAGUAACUUGGAUGACAAUGUUGUCGACUUAAGUCCUGUGCUGAAGGCUGGCAGUUCUGGGUGGUCCCCUAAAAGUCAGACUGGCUCACCUUUAGGACAACUGGAUCCUUACUGGUCGACUGCAGAAAGUGCCAAUUCAACAAUCCGUGAUUCAGAUUCGAGCCCGACUAUGCAGCUAAACAUGGUGCCACUGCUGAGACAGGCACCCAGCACCGUGAUGUUAAGCGACUCCCAUGCUAACGCCUCAUUUUUUCAUGCAGAUACUGACUACUGUGAACCCAUGCCCCUUUCCAGUCUGUCUGAUCCAGAGCACUCCAACCUUGGUCAUCCGGUGGCAUCAUCAGAAAAUCAGCCUCAUCUGAAACAAGCAACCAGCAGCCCAAGCUUAGGGCUGUGUGACCCCUACCUUGAACCUGAAGGCGGGAGCAACAUGGUUCAUGAAAGCUGCUGUUCCUCAACAGGAUCCCUUCGAAAGACCCUACCCAUUGUAAACCACAUGAGUAUAGACGUUGCAACAGGUGCCGGCCUGCCGAGGCCUGGGGAUUGCGACGACGCCGCUUUCACUGAGGAACAAGUCACAAACUGGACCACAAACCAUUCCGCCAACAAUAACAUCCCAAACUUUGCCAGCAAGAAUAGAGACACGAUGGAGAAUUACCUUGACCUUCAGUAUAAUGUGCUCUGCAAUACGACAGAAGUAUGGUCUUUGACCAAAGACACAACCAAAACCUUCUGCAGUUCCAGGACUUACAAAGAGGAGGCAGAACAACUGGAAUCUGCUUUUAAUGCCGCCAGCAGACUAAAAGAACCCGGGUCGUACAUUCACUUGUAUCGCCAAGAAAGUGCAGGAGAAAACAAUUUGGCCAAUUUCCAAAGUCCGAAUUGUUUUGCAAGUGAGAGUGGCCGAGAAAAUGACAAGCAACCGUUACUUGAAGGAAAGAGACUGCAUUCGGAGCCCAAAAUAAUACCAGCAAGUGUCUCUGUUUAUCCACACUUAGACGGUAGCAGAAAGGUGACAAGUGGAUAUGGGAUCAGAGACUCCAGAGCGACUGUGGUCGAACUUGGAGACUACAGUGAGGAAGAUGAUGACUUUACAGAUAUCACAUCAAGCAUCUUUACAGACUUCAACUUUGACUACGCAGACACGCAGGACGCAGAGAUAAGUCCACUGAAGAACCCGGAGGGAACGCCCGACUCUGUCGACACCAUCAACCUUUCAUCAUCUGUGGCGAGUACCUGUGACCAAGCCUUUAGCCCGGACUCCUUCAAUACUCCUGCCCAGCCCAAAUCCCUGGAUAGUGGUUACGACACUGAAAAUAAUGGAUCUCCAGAGUUUAUGUUUAAAAAUUUUGUAGGCCCCCAAACAGCUGCGACCGGACUCGUUCUACAAGAAGGUGUGCGUCAAAAUCUCGCUUGCGCCUCCGAGGUCCACUUAAAGGACACGGCUGAUAAGAACACCUAUCGGGACUCUGCUUAUUUCUCUGACUACGAUACUGAAAAUGACAAAAGCCCUUGGGAGGAAGGCGGUAAAUUCUUUGCAAGUCCAAGCAAACACGAGUUGUACGCAGGAAAACUGAACUCUUCCAGAGAUCCAAUCACAAGAGAGUUUGUUAGUGUGGACUUAAAUCAAAGACAAAGUUGCUUCUUGACGAGAGCCUCAGAGCCAAAUUCUUCUCGUCGUCUUUCCACACCUGGGCUGUCAAUGUUGUCACCGUUUCCUGCUCAGAUGGGCGGAUGCCUGACCAAAGAGGCAGCCCCUGACUGUGAUGAUCUGGAGUUGGAGACAGAGCACCAAGAGGAGCCCUGCUCAGAGCUUUGCUCAUCUGCUGACUCGGAACUCUGCUCCGCCGUCCAGGAAGGUUCAGCAAACUACCAGGACGGAAGCGACGGAUCUGAAGACUGUUGCCGCGUACAGAUUUUGUGCACUGACUCCAUUGUGUCUGAUUACAAAGAUGAUGAACCCGAAGAGAACGAAAAAACGGAUCGAUCCACAGAGGAGGAAGAGCUGCCAGAAUUCAAUCAUGCGGAAACACCGCCAGAAAGAAGGGACACGGUCAGGAUAAACGAGGAAGACUUUGAGGACAUUGACGCAGAAGAAUGCGACUCACAGGAUAGCUCGUACGAAGCGUCCGACGGCGCCGCUGACACGUCCGCACAGUCGCUGCUGGAGCUGUGUGGGAAAGCUGUUAGAGCCCCACUGGAGGAGGCAGAGGAUGAGGACGACUCCGACGACAGCGAGUCGGAUGAAGACUUGCGAACGUACAGCAUUCACGAGGAGGACAGCGAAGGGAGCGAUGAGGAUUUGACCGCGGUGCCGGUGGUAGUAAGUGACGGGAGCAGGGCGAGGCAUCUCCGCAGCCUCCUAAAGAUGCCAACGCUCCUCACUCAGACCUUCUGCGAGGAGCUGGAGAGGAAGAAAAAGGCCGUGUCCUUCUUUGAUGAUGUCACGGUUUUCCUCUUUGACCAGGAGAGCCCAACUGGAGAACUGGUCGACUACAGCUUCCCCACCGAAGAGGGGCUCAGCGGGAAGGGGGCACUGGAUGAAACCGCCUCCAACCCAGCUGAAAACACUACUGCCUGUGAUGAAAACACGUCCAAUGCGGAUGAAAACCCCUGCAAACUCGAACCCUGCGAAACGGAGUGCAACGCUGAGGAAACAGCCGGUGACAGCGCAGCUCAAGGUUUCCACUGGGAGGAUGACCUCGCACUUGAGCAGCGUCGGCCUUCACCUGACACCACGGCCGAUCCCGUUUCCCCGUCAAGCGGUCUUGAGGCGCCAAAAUCGGCAUCUGCGGGACUAAACCGUUUCAUGGUCUCCAGAUUCUCCAUUACACACGUGUCGGACACGACCGAACCAACGGGGAACGCCCAAGACUGUCCAAAAGACUGAGAGGCCACCGGCGGACCGUUGCUCACUUCUUCUCUCCGCAGCAACAAAGAGGAAAAGGAAACAUCGCUACCGACCGACGCGAUGUUUUCCAGAGUUUUUAAUUUUUAACGGUGGUUUUAAGUCCUCCGACUGGUGGUGGAGCCUUUCA